UUUGAUUACCAUCGCGUCUUAUUUUUAUGUCCUGUUUCAUACACUUUUUACAUACAAAACAGCGAAAAUCAACAUUUUGUUUUUAAAAAUGUGACAUAUACAAAAGAAGACAAAAAAGAAUAUGGAAACACUCUUCCCAACAAUGUCAACUCUUUUGAAAAUCGUCUUUUUAAAGGGAAAAAAACACUUUAUACCAUCACCAUUCCCCAACAAAUGACGUUGUUAUGUGAAGACUCUUUUAAUUAUUGCACCAACUUGACUUCUGUGGUAUUAUCGAACGUAAGAAGAAUUGAAACUUGUUGUUUUGAUGGAUGCGCAUUCUCUUCAAUUUUAUUACCUUCGACUUUAGAGCAUCUUGGGGAUAAGGCUUUUAACUAUUGUAAUUGCCUUAGUGAAAUCACUAUACCAGGAAGUGUCACAUACAUUGGUUCUUCGUGUUUCUGGGGAUGUGGUUUGAUGACACUUGUUGUUGAAAGGGGGGUUAAAUAUUUGAGCGAAAGAUGUUUUGAAGACUGUGAUUAUUUGAGUGUGAUAAAAAUAUCAAAUAGUGUCACAUCUCUUGGAAAAUCAUGUUUUAGAGGCGACAUAGGAAUUAUAGGUGGAAGGUUGCCAUAUAAUAUUAAAGAGAUACAAAGCUGUUGUUUUUAUUAUUGUAGUUCACUUGAGAGAAUUAUACUUCCAAAGAAUUUGGAAUAUAUCGGAGAAGCUGCGUUUGGUGAUUGUGAAAAUUUAAUAGAAAUAAAAAUACCUGAAGGAGUACUAGAAUUACCAAAACAUUGUUUUGGUAAUUGUCUUCAAUUGAGUAAAGUUGAAUUAAAUAAUAAUAUUAAAAGACUUGGUGAUAUGUGUUUUGAUUACUGUAAAAAUUUAUACGAAAUUGAACUCCCAGAAUCGCUCACUUGUAUCGGAAAAGAUUGUUUUCUUAAACAAUGUGUGUUAAAAAAGAAGAAAAAAUAA